CCUCGGUCCCCCGCGGGCCCGCGGGCCACGCCCCAGCCCCCGGGCCGGGGCUGCAGGCUUUGCCUUUUCCGUCUCCCACCUUCCUUUCUACUCCUUGGGGCUCUCCCCUCAGGUUGCCAGAUCAUACACCCGCCCUGGGAAGGGGGCAUCCGGUACCGGGGCCUGACUCGGGACCAGGUGAAGGCCAUCAGCUUCCUGCCCGUGGACUACGAGAUUGAGUAUGUGUGCCGCGGGGAGCGCGAGGUGGUGGGGCCCAAGGUCCGCAAGUGCCUGGCCAACGGCUCCUGGACAGACAUGGACACACCCAGCCGCUGCGUCCGAAUCUGCUCCAAGUCCUAUUUGAUGCUGGAAAAUGGGAAGGUGUUCCUGACGGGUGGGGACCUCCCAGCCCUGGAUGGAGCCCGAGUGGAUUUUCGGUGUGACCCUGACUUCCAUCUGGUGGGGGGCUCCCGGAGCAUCUGUAGUCAGGGCCAGUGGAGCAGCCCUAAGCCCCACUGCCAGGGUGAGGGGAACAGCUUGCCUGAGAGCCUGUCCCCCCAGUGUGACCCGGGCCAGGCCACCAAGUACCUGUACGAGCUGCUCUACAACGACCCCAUCAAGAUAAUCGUCAUGCCCGGCUGCAGCUCCGUCUCCACGCUGGUCGCUGAGGCUGCCAGGAUGUGGAACCUCAUUGUGCUCUCCUACGGCUCCAGCUCACCAGCCCUGUCAAACCGACAGCGCUUCCCCACCUUCUUCCGAACUCACCCGUCAGCCACGCUGCACAAUCCAACCCGGGUGAAACUUUUUCAAAAGUGGGGUUGGAAGAAGAUCGCCACCAUCCAGCAGACCACCGAAGUCUUCACAUCGACUCUGGAUGAUCUGGAGGAACGCGUGAAGGAGGCUGGCAUUGAGAUUACUUUCCGCCAGAGUUUCUUCUCAGACCCAGCUGUGCCCGUGAAGAACCUGAAGCGCCAGGAUGCCCGAAUCAUCGUGGGACUUUUCUAUGAGACUGAAGCCCGAAAAGUGUUUUGUGAGGUGUACAAGGAGCGACUCUUCGGUAAGAAGUAUGUCUGGUUCCUCAUCGGGUGGUAUGCUGAUAACUGGUUCAAGACCUAUGACCCGUCCAUCAACUGCACAGUGGAUGAGAUGACCGAAGCAGUGGAGGGUCACAUCACCACUGAGAUUGUCAUGCUGAACCCCGCCAACACCCGCAGCAUUUCCAACAUGACAUCCCAGGAGUUUGUGGAAAAACUGACCAAGCGACUGAAACGACACCCCGAGGAGACAGGUGGUUUCCAGGAGGCGCCGCUGGCUUACGAUGCCAUCUGGGCCUUGGCCCUGGCCCUAAACAAGACGUCCGGAGCGGGUGGCCGUUCAGGAGUGCGCCUGGAGGACUUCAACUACAACAACCAGACCAUCACUGACCAGAUCUACCGGGCAAUGAACUCCUCAUCCUUUGAGGGCGUCUCUGGCCAUGUGGUGUUUGAUGCCAGCGGCUCUCGGAUGGCGUGGACACUGAUUGAGCAGCUCCAGGGUGGCAGCUACAAGAAGAUCGGCUACUAUGACAGCACCAAGGAUGAUCUUUCCUGGUGGAAAACAGAUAAGUGGAUUGGUGGGUCUCCCCCUGCUGACCAGACCCUGGUUAUCAAGACGUUCCGCUUCCUGUCACAGAAACUCUUUAUCUCCGUCUCCGUUCUCUCCAGCCUGGGCAUUGUCCUAGCUGUUGUCUGUCUGUCCUUUAACAUCUACAACGCCCACGUCCGUUAUAUCCAGAACUCACAGCCCAACCUGAACAACCUGACGGCGGUGGGCUGCUCGCUGGCGCUGGCGGCCGUCUUCCCCCUCGGGCUAGACGGCUACCACAUCGGGAGACACCAGUUCCCCUUCGUCUGCCAGGUGAGGGGUGCGGGCGGCACCCCUGGGAAUGUGUCUGGCCCACCCGUCAGGGGCACCGUCCGUGCCCAUUGGUCCCUGCCUGCCUCCCCAGCGGCGGGGCUCUGGCCCCGGUCGGCGCCGUCCCUCUUUCCGCACCUGCCGGCUUCCAUCCCCGGGCUGGCGGCGAGCUCACUGCAGACGCCGGGGCUGCGGGGCUUGCCCGGCUCGCCCCGUGUCUGCGUGGGGCGUUCGCGCCUCCGGGGCGUGGGGUGGCCUGUUUGCGGGGAGACCAGGGGGGCAGCUGUGACCCUGGAGCCCUGGAAGCUGUACGCCACGGUGGGCCUGCUGGUGGCCAUGGACGUGCUCACCCUCGCCGUCUGGCAGACCGUGGACCCCUUGCACAGGACCGUCGAGACUUUCGCGAAGGAGGAGCCGAAGGAGGACAUCGACGUGUCCAUCCUGCCGCAGCUGGAGCACUGCAGCUCCCUGAAGAUGAACACGUGGCUGGGCAUUUUCUAUGGUUACAAGGGGCUGCUGCUGUUGCUGGGUAUCUUUCUUGCGUAUGAGACCAAGAGCGUGUCCACUGAGAAGAUCAAUGACCACCGGGCUGUGGGCAUGGCCAUCUACAAUGUGGCGGUGCUGUGCCUCAUCACUGCGCCCGUCACCAUGAUCCUGUCCAGCCAGCAGGACGCGGCCUUCGCCUUCGCCUCGCUCGCCAUCGUCUUCUCCUCCUACAUCACGCUGGUUGUGCUGUUUGUGCCCAAGAUGCGCCGGCUGAUCACCCGCGGGGAAUGGCAGUCAGAGGCUCAGGACACCAUGAAGACAGGGUCCUCGACCAACAACCAUGAGGAGGAGAAGUCCCGGCUGCUGGAGAAGGAGAACCGGGAGCUGGAGAGAAUCGUUGCCGAGAAAGAGGAGCGAGUCUCUGAACUGCGCCUUCAGCUCCAGUCUCGGCAGCAGCUCCGCUCACGGCGCCCCCCUCCCACCCCCCCAGACCCCUCUGGGGGCCUACCUAGGGGCCCCCCUGAGCUCCCUGACCGACUUAGUUGUGAUGGGAGUCGAGUCCAUUUGCUUUACAAGUGAGGGGUGUGUUGGGAGGACAUGCCGGCAGGGGGAGGGAGUGGGCAAGACGGGAGAACGUGCUGCAGCCCCAGGCCCUGUAGGGCAGCCCCUCUGCGCUCCUGGGUCUCUGGUCUCGCUGCUCCGGGGACCAGACCCUGCUCUCUCUCUCUCUUCAUAUGAUUCUGUGUUAUUCCUUCAUAAUCUGGUCGGCACCUCCCUGCAGCUGCUCACUCACCGGCUCCUCAGCAGCCUUACUACACACACCUCUCCCUUCUCCCUUCUCCCAAAAUUGCUCCCUUGGGUGUUGUAUUUUUCUGGGGCAAUUGAAGGAGAGGAAAUGUGGGCAGGUUUGGGAACUGCUCCCAAUGCAUAGCUGGUGAGAAUCCUGACCAAACGCAGGCACCCCUGACUGUUGACAUGGAUAGGUGGGCCUUUGGGGCAGGAGGUGGUGUCCCUCUCACGGGGAGGUGUCUUUUGGGGAAGGAUCUCCCUGAAUCUCAAUAAACCAGUGAACAGUGUGA